AACACAAGUUGUUUUUGAAAUAAGGAAAGUUAACUAACAGAGAUGUCUGACGGUAUGUUAGCAAAAAUUAUAAAGGAUAUGUAUAUAGAUCCGGAACUUUUGGCUGAAUUGGAUGAUGAUCAAAAACAGAUUCUAUUCCGGUGUAUGAGAGAGGAACAAAUACGUAGAUGGGAAUUGAAAGACAAAGAGCACGAUGAUUAUUUAGCGAAUCAGGCUAAAGAAGCCAAACAAAGUACUAAAGAUAAAAAAGUAGUUAAUUUUCUUAAAGGAGAUGAUGGAAAUGAUUGGGUAUGGGUGAUGGGAGAACAUAAAAAUGAUCUUACUAUCGAAGAGAUCUUGGAAAGAGAAACUCUGACUAAAGCUGAAAUAGAGGCCCGAGAGGAAGCGGAAAGAUUACUAAAAAUAGAAGAAGAAGAAAACGAAAGGAGAUUAAAAAGAGAGGAGGAAGAGGCUAGACGUAAAACUGAUUUAGAAGCAAUGAAAAAAUUGAACACCAUAAGGGAAAGAACAAGAAAGAAAAGCAUCGAGUUAUACGAGCAGAGAACUAAGAGGAGAUCGAGAGAAUUGAUGAGUCAAAUGAGUGAAAGGCGAAAAAGCUUUAGAGAAGAAGCUUUAAAAGAAGAUGAAGUAAUCGAAAGAGAAUGGAAAGAAAGAGAGGAGAAAGUCAAAGUUGCCGAAAAAGAACGCAGGGAAUCAUUCAUCAGAGCUAGGAGAGAACAUCAGGAAAAUAAAAUUUCAUUCAAGAACGAAGCUAUUAUAUUAAAAAAUUUUAUUAGAUUAUCAAAUGCUUUUUCCAAGACUCCAGAUAAUCUUAAAAAUACAAAACCUAGAAACAAGGAUGAUGUCUUAGCCUGGUUUCGUAAAUGUGAAAAACCUAACGGAACUGGUUAUGAUCCUUCAACUAAUAAGAUAGCUACUUGGUUUCACGGUAUAAUUGGAAGAGAGAAGGCUGAAGAUCUAUUAAAGAAUGAACCACCUUGUUCUUUUCUUAUCAGAGUCAGUGAAAAGAUCUGGGGAUAUGUGCUAUCAUAUAAAACAAAUAGCAAGACAAAGCACUGUAUUAUCGAUACUACUAACGGAACAUAUCAGUUCCUGAGCGGAAAUAGCAAAUAUUGUUUUAAAACACUUGCCGAAUUAAUAGAAAAAUAUAAAAAAGUCGCUCUUUCUCCAAAUACUGGAGAGACAUUAAAAUUUGCUGUUGGACAAAAAACUGAGGUUCCUGACUAUGAGGAAUUAACUAUUGAUGAUGGUAGUGAAUCAUCGCAUUUGUAA